CCUUCCGGGAAAGGGAGCCCCGAACCCCCCACUCGGCGGACGCACCAUUUUAGCGACGCCUUGGAGGUGGAAGGUUGCAGGAUUGGUAAACUGAGGUAGGGAGCUUAGUCCGGGGCGGAGGCCUCCAGGGUCCCUUUUGGUCUUGGGAUGGAUGGGAUGGAGGAGGGGUGGAAACGCCUUCCUAAACAGGGGCAGAGAAACUGGUUCCUGAACUGUGGCUCCACUUCCUUGUCUUCUUGGUUUCGUGGUGGUCCCGAGCUUUAGGAUUGUGCGGCCUGUCGCUUCCACGCGGGAAGUAAAGGGAGGUCAGAGGAGGCGCCAUCUUCAGAGCCAAUGGAAGAAGAGGAGGAUGAUGACUUGGAACUCUUUGGGGGCUACGACAGCUUCCGGAGUUACAACAGCAGUGCGGGCAGUGAGAGCAGCUCCUAUCUAGGAGAGUCAAGUGAGACAGAAAAUGAAGAGAGGGAAGCAGGAGAGCUACCCACCUCACCUCUGCCUUUGCUCAGCCCCGGGAAUGCGCGCUCCUUGGAAGGAAGUGGUUCUGAGCCAGCGGUCUGUGAGAUGUGUGGCAUCGUGGGCACGAGAGAAGCUUUCUUCUCAAAGACCAAGAGGUUCUGCAGCGUCUCAUGUUCUAGGAGCUACUCCUCCAACUCCAAGAAGGCCAGCAUCCUGGCCAGACUCCAGGGAAAGCCACCCACCAAGAAAGCCAAAGUCCUGCACAAGGCAGCCUGGUCCGCCAAGAUUGGAGCCUUCCUCCACUCCCAGGGCACAGGACAGCUAGCAGAUGGGACACCAACAGGACAAGAUGCUCUGGUCUUAGGGUUUGACUGGGGGAAGUUCCUGAAGGAUCACAGUUACAAGGCUGCUCCUGUCAGCUGCUUUAAACACGUGCCCCUCUAUGACCAGUGGGAAGACGUCCUGAAGGGGAUGAAGGUGGAAGUCCUCAACGGCGAUGCCGUGCUCCCUAGCCGGGUGUAUUGGAUCGCCUCUGUCAUCCAGGCAGCUGGGUACCGCGUGCUGCUUCGAUAUGAAGGCUUUGAAAAUGACUCCAGUCAUGACUUCUGGUGCAACCUGGGGACGGUGGAUGUCCACCCUAUUGGUUGGUGUGCCAUCAACAGCAAAAUCCUGGUGCCUCCACGGACCAUCCACGUCAAGUUUACGGACUGGAAAAGCUACCUCAUGAAGCGGCUGGUGGGCUCCAGGACGCUUCCUGCAGAUUUCCACAUCAAGAUGGUGGAGAGCAUGAAGUACCCCUUUCGGCAGGGCAUGCGCCUGGAGGUCGUGGAUAAGACCCAGGUGUCUCGGACCCGCAUGGCCGUGGUGGACACGGUGAUUGGGGGUCGCCUCCGGCUCCUCUAUGAGGAUGGUGACAACGAUGACGACUUCUGGUGCCACAUGUGGAGUCCCCUGAUCCACCCUGUGGGUUGGUCACGGCGGGUCGGCCAUGGCAUCAAGAUGUCAGAGAGACGAUGUGACAUGUCCAAUCACCCGACCUUCCGGAAGAUCUACUGUGAUGCUGUUCCUUACCUCUUCAAGAAGGUCCGAGCUGUCUACACGGAAGGUGGCUGGUUUGAGGAAGGAAUGAAACUAGAGGCCAUUGACCCUCUGAAUCUUGGCAAUAUCUGUGUAGCAACCAUCUGCAAGGUUCUCUUGGAUGGCUACCUGAUGAUCUGUGUGGAUGGGGGCCCCUCCACAGACGGCUCAGAUUGGUUCUGCUACCACGCCUCCUCCCAUGCCAUCUUCCCAGCCACCUUCUGCCAAAAGAAUGACAUUGAGCUCACACCCCCAAAAGGGUAUGAGACACAGCCUUUCGACUGGGAGACCUACUUGGAGAGAACCAAGUCGAAAGCAGCUCCAGCAAGACUCUUCAACAUGGACUGCCCCAACCAUGGCUUCAAGGUGGGCAUGAAGCUGGAGGCUGUGGACCUGAUGGAGCCCCGGCUCAUCUGUGUGGCCACCGUGAAGCGAGUGGUGCAUCGGCUCCUUAGCAUCCACUUCGAUGGCUGGGACAGCGAGUAUGACCAGUGGGUGGACUGCGAAUCCCCGGACAUCUACCCCGUCGGCUGGUGCGAACUCACCGGCUACCAGCUCCAGCCGCCUGUGUCCACAGAACCAAACACACCUCAGAAGGGCAAAGAGUCUUCAAAGAAGAAAAAGAAACAGUUUGGGAAGAAAAGGAAAAGGAUCCCAUCAGCCAAGGCUCGGCCCCUCAGACAGGGCUCCAAGAAACCCUUUCUGGAGGAGAACCUGCAGGCCCUGGGGGUCUCAGAGCCGGUUCCUGAUGACAUUAUUGCUGUGUGUGUGAAGGAGGAGCACCAGGACAUCCCAUCGCCCAGCAGGUCACCCAGCCCACAGCUGUCCUUCCCUAUUGAGAGCAUCAAGAAGGAGAAGGACAGCUGAGACUUCCCUGGCAUCAGCCUGGACCCUAGCUGAAGCUAAGCCUUGUCAUGGAGCAGAGAGGAGGCCCGGCUUUACUGCUGUGCAGCGAAUGGACAGCCUGGUCUUCCAGGCCCACUUCUGCCCUCUGGCCAGGCCUACUGGCUGCUCGGCUUGAGUUCUAGGCUGACAUACUCAUUGCACCCUCAGUACACUGGAAAACUAGACUGAUCCGCAUGUGUCUACCCAGACAAGUGAUGGAAGUAAAGUUACAGAGCAGCUGUGAGUGGACAGCCUGACGUUCUGGUGAACAGAGCCACCUCUGCCUAAGCCAAAUUAAGGGCCUCCGGUCUCCUGGGGGCGCCUUGUCCUACCUAGUGCCCUAGGGUCCCACUGUGGCAGGUGACUGUGAAGUGACCAGGGUGUCUUGUGAGUGGCCUUGACCUCAUGGUUGGCAGGAACACCGACUUCCUUUCCUAAAACAAACAGUUGGGAAGACAUUUGGGCCAGGCUACCUGCUGCUGGGCACAGGAUCGGACAAUAGUUUGGCUCAUGCAUUCUGGGUUCCUGUCUGAACCCAUCCUUCUCUGAAGCCUUGCUUGGGGUGGACCUAACACUUCCAUCCCCCUGCCUGGGUCAUGGAACUGCUCAGCUUACAUCUUUAUGUCAAGUUUGAGCUUUUGUAUUUCCCACUUAAGACUUUUUUUUUUUUUUUUUUGAGACAGUCUAUUGUCGUCCUAACUGUUCUAGGCUUGAGCCUCGGACUCAGAGAUCCACCUGCCUCUUUCUGUAGUGCUGGGUUUCCAGGUGUGCCCCUGACCCCAGUUAGAUGCUUUUGAAACUGGUCAUCCAGCCCUCCAGGAACAUCCUGGACACCAGUGGGGUUCCUGCACAUGGCUGUUGUUUCGCUGGUGUGGACAGCAGCAGGGAGGCCAGUGGCUCCUGUCAUGCAGUGGCUGCAGCUAUCCUGCAUAGCGCUGCCCCCUUCUGGGCUUGCCCUGGCAGCCUGCUCCAUCAUCCAAAAAUACGCUCAAGUGUUUUGCUCUGGACCAGGCUGGGUCAUCCCUGAGGAGAAGUCUGAGUGGACCAUUCACCACAGACUGGGCAGGUUCAGAGAGAAUUUGGUCAUGACUCAUCUGUUAGACAGCCCACCCUGUGCAGAACCUAGGCCCUGAAAGAUGACCAUGUUGGCCUCAUUUCCUCAGGGUAAAUAGCUUUGGGAAUAGAUGGAAGACCACAGCAAAAGGCAGUUUCAAUUCCUGGCACCCACUCAUGGCCACCUGUAACUUGAGUCCUAGAGGGAGCCUGUGCCUGUUCUGUGGGUACAAGUGUAUACAUCCUCAACAUGUAAUUAAAAAUAAAAUCUAUCAAGGAAAAAAAAAAAGAUGAGGUAUCAGUGAGUGGGCCUCAGGCCCCAGGAGUGGGUGUUGGGAGGAUGAUGGCCCAAGUGUUCCUAUAGGUGUCUUGAACAUGAGGUCCCGUGACAAAAGAGCUGGAUAGUUGGCUUCAUUCCAGCCCUGGCCUGGCCUCCCAGGACACCCUGUCUGUUUCACAGAUGAGCAAGGGGAGGCUAUGGGGCGCAUUUGGUAAAACUUCAGAGCCUAGACUGACUAGAGCUUAGGCAGAUUCUUGUCCUAGUAAAACAACUAAAAGGGUCUCAUACGGCCUAGGCUGACUUCAGCUUGUGAUCUCGCCUCUCCCAAGUGCUGGGUUACAGACGUGGGUCACCUCAUCUGUAUGUAUGUCCCGGGUUACAGACGUGUGCUACCACACCUGUGUGGAGACAAGUCCCUUGCCGAAGUCAAACUUUCAGAGUAUAUUCUGACAUACCAGUUCAGCAUUAAGUGUGAAGACUGUUGGAGGCUGUCCUGACCCUUAAGAUCUGGUCACACCUAUCUUUUGUAAACCUGCCGAAGACAUACUUAGGUUGAACAACCUAUACCUGGACAGGGCAGAGUGGGGUAGGUGUGGCUAAGGUGCCCAGGCUUUAGAGGACAGAGAGGGUCACAGGAAACCCAGGGACAGGAAGAAGGGAGACGCCAGGAUGGAUUAGCCAGGAGGGGCGGGGGCUGGGGAGAUGGCUCAGAGGUUAAGAGCACUGGCUGCUUCCAGAGGUCCUGAGUUCAAUUCCCAGCAACCACAUGGAGGCUCACAACCAUCUAUAGUGAGAUCAGGUGCUCUCUUCUGGCCUGCAGGGAUACAUGCAGAAAGAACAUUGUAUAUAUAAUAAAUAAAUCUUGAAAAGAAAAUAAACCACGUGGCCUGGGAGGAAGGACUCCAAAGAUCUCAGAUGAAGAAUAUAAGCAAGUACCAUGGGAUUAUGCAUGAAAGAUAGACCAGUUGAGGGGAUUACGGUGGAUGGCAUUGGAAGGGGGCUGGGAGAUGGGUGGUGAGGUUAUUGAGACAGUGUGAGUGAAAUAUCUGCCUGGCCCAAG